AUGUUGUUUGUCCUCUUAGUCCUUUGUAGUUUAAGUGAAGGUUAUCGAUUUGUUGUUCAAAACAGAGCUAUUGAGUGUGUCUAUGCGGACAUCACUGGCGUCGAGCGUGUUGUAUCAGAGAUUGCUGUUGUUAGUGGCGGCAACAGGGAUAUUGCGUUCAAAAUUUCCGAUCCAGCAGGCAACAACAUCUACUCUAUUGUGUACCAAGAGGGAAAGUAUAGCAAUCUUAUUAAUGUUAACACAAAAACGCCAGGGACUUAUUCAUUUUGUUUCGACAAUUCCAUGAGUCUCUACACAGGAAAGUUGGUCGAGUUUAAACUUCAAACAGAGAAGGUGGAACCCGCAACAACGGAGGAAGUGAAGUCCAUAAAAACAAAGCUUUCACAAGUCGCCACUUAUUUGAACGACGCUAGAAAUGACCAAAGAAGACUCCGAACACGUGAGAUUCGUAACAAAAAGACUGGUGAUGGGACAAAUUUGAGAACACUCAUUCUGUUCUUUGUUGGGUGCGUUGUGAUUGUUGUGAUGGGGUUGUUCCAGAUUUGGUACAUCAAACGACAAUUCAAAAGAGGUGGAAAGUAA